AUGGCUACUCGGCCAAUCAUCCUUCGAUUUGAGAGUCGGAACGGUCAAUUUCGAAUCACUGUGAAGCCAGACGAUCUCUUUCCUACCCUUCACCAAAAGAUCCUUGAAAAUCUGCCAUCAGAGGCAGACCCGACCUCCAUCUCCCUCUCAAAUAAGCACAUAGGCGGCGGUGGUCAGGAAAGACAACUACAAGACCUGGACGGAGUUCCGAUCGGACAAGUUGGCCUCAAACAUGGAGAUAAGCUCUAUGUCGGGUAUCAAGAUCGCACCUCGCAAAAUGGCCCCUCCAACGGACACCAAUCAAACCCCACUGAGCGUCGACUAAAUGGCACGUCCGUCCCUCAGGAACAAACUAUCCCUAUCCGCACACAGCUGGCCUCACCGACUCUCACUACCAAGAACCCCUGGGACGUCGUCAAACAGUCUCCGUUGGAUAACCUGCUUGAUAGAAAGGAUGGCAAGAUCAAACGAAGCCAGGAUCUCCGCAUGUGCAAACAUGGCCCCCGAGGCAUGUGUGACUACUGCAUGCCCAUAGAACCAUACGAUGCCAAAUACCUGGCAGAAAAAAAGAUCAAACAUCUUUCCUUUCAUUCGUACCUGCGCAAAAUCAACGCUGCUACCAACAAACCCGAAGCUGGCAGUUCCUUCAUGCCUCCACUCAGCGAGCCCUUCUACCGGGUCCGACACGACUGUCCGUCGGGACAUUCUCCAUGGCCCGAAGGAAUUUGUAGCAAGUGCCAGCCCAGCGCCAUCAGUUUACAACCACAGGAAUUCCGCAUGGUGGAUCACGUUGAAUUUUCGACCCCAAACUUGAUCAACUCAUUGCUAGACUUUUGGCGCAAAUCCGGGGCUCAGCGCCUAGGAUUCCUUUAUGGAACAUACGAAGAAUACGCUGAAGUUCCACUGGGUGUGAAAGCAGUCGUUCAAGCGAUCUACGAGCCACCUCAGGUGGGUGAAGUAGAUGGCGUCACACUCCAUGACUGGCACAACGAGAAGGAGGUGGACGAAGUGGCUCGUAUGUGUGGCCUGCAGAAAGUGGGUGUGAUUUUUACAGAUUUACUUGACGCUGGACAAGGGGAUGGUUCCGUGGUGUGUAAGCGACACAUUGACUCUUACUAUCUCUCCUCCCUGGAGAUUGCCUUUGCUUCGCGCCUCCAGGCUCAGAAUCCCAAAGCAACCAAAUGGAGUCGCUCGGGACGCUUCGGCUCCGACUUCGUGACCUGUGUUCUGACUGGUGAUGAUACUGGAGCAAUCGCUGUCAGCUCAUACCAGGCAAGUGUUUCAGCGGUGGAGAUGGUGCGAGCCAACAUCGUCGAGCCUUCUGCCGAUCCCUCUGUCAUGCUGGUACAGUCAGAGGAAGAUGAAGAUGUCGGCAGCAAAACCAGAUAUAUCCCAGAGGUUUUCUUCCGCCGUAUCAACGAGUAUGGUGCAAGUGUGCAGGAAAAUGCCAAGCCCAGUUUUCCAGUUGAGUUUCUGUUGGUGACACUCACGCAUGGUUUCCCCACGGAGUCUGCACCCGUUUUCACUCACAGCCGUUUUCCCAUCGAGAAUCGCGAGAUUAUUGGAGAGAGCCAAGAGUUACGACAUGUAGCUGAGAAGCUCAUGUCUCAUGGUGAUCCUGACAAGGCGAUCCAGGGUACAUCCGACUUCCAUAUUCUGUGCUUCCUCCAUGGGCUUUCUACAUUUAAUAAGGAUGAAACAGAUCUUCUCUGCCGAGUUGCCACGACCCACUCCCCUGCCGAUGGAAUGCAGCUGCUGAAUACCCCCGGGUGGGCAACCUUGAUGACGAUUCUUCAAGAGAGUGGUGAGCGCCCCCCUAAGCGCCCCUGGCCCUCGGCGGCCAACCUAAAGCGGUGGCCCCACUCAUCCGCCGUUGACUCCCCUCGCUCCGUUUCCCCCAAGUCCGACGGUGAACAGCUUGCUAAAAGGUUCAAGGGAACUAGGCUAGAUUGA